AUGAGUUCUGACCGAGAGGAGUAUGACAUGGUCUGUCAGAAAGCUGUGACCCUAAUUGUUGACCUUUGCCUGCACAACAGCUCACUGUUGGAUCAGGACACCUGUGAGGAUUACCUCUUCCUGUUGUCCAGCCACAGCUCUGACCACAAACAACUGGACGCUUCUUUUGGCCUCCAGCUCGGUGUGUUUGUGGUCUGCGGCCUGGCCCUGCUGGGCCUUCUUACAUUUGUCUCCUGGAAGCUGUGCCCUGUGCCUCGGCGAUCUAAGGCCCAUUUCCCCAGUUCAUCCCUCACCCCGGCCUGUGACCCAGAGGACUACCCGCUCGAGCCGCCUGUCCUUUUGCCCAGCCCCCAGCAGCCAGCGGUCACCAUGGCAACAGAGAAGGUGAAGGACCCCAUGGGUUCGAUGGGUUUCCUGGAGGCGGCGGUGAAGAUAAGCCAUACAUCUCCUGACAUUCCCACCGAUGUGCAGCUCUCCAUGAGGGAGCACUUCCUGCGACGCACGCAACGCAUGCAGAGGCAAGCCACUGAGCCGGCUUCCUCAACUCGGCACAAUUCUUUCAAAAGACACCUGCCCAGGCAGAUGCAGGCAGGCAGUCUAGACCUGGGAAAUGACUACAUGGUGGACAAUGACGAAAAACCCACAGGCAUCGGUCGCAUCCAGCCAGAGCUCUAUCAACAGAAGACCCUGGAAUCGGAGGAUUCGUCCAAGAACGGUAGCAGCAAAAACUGUGGCAGGAUUAACUUCUCUCUCAAGUACGACUACGAAAACGAGGCCCUCAUCGUCAACAUCCUCAAGGCAGCAGACCUGCCUGCCAAGGACUUAUGCGGCACAUCUGACCCUUAUGUGAAGGUCUACCUGCUGCCCGACCGCAAGAAGUUCCAGACUCGCGUCCACCGGAAGACACUCAACCCCACAUUCAAUGAAAGCUUCCAGUUUCCUGUGCCUUACGAUGAGCUGGCGAUCAGGAAGCUCCAUAUGAGCGUCUUUGACUUUGACCGCUUUUCACGCCAUGAUAUGAUCGGGGAGGUGGAGCUGGACAACUUGUUUGAGACAUCGGACCUCUCCAGGGAGACUAACAUAUGGAGGGAAAUCCAGUAUGCCACCAGUGAAAGUGUUGACCUUGGGGAGAUCAUGUUCUCACUAUGCUACCUGCCCACUGCAGGCAGACUCACACUUACUGUCAUCAAGUGCAGGAACCUCAAGGCCAUGGACAUCACUGGAUACUCAGAUCCCUACGUCAAAGUGUCGCUCAUAUGUGACGGGAGACGUUUGAAAAAGAAGAAGACGAGCAUAAAAAAGAACACUCUGAAUCCCACCUACAACGAGGCCAUCAUCUUUGACAUCCCGCCGGACAGUAUGGACCAUGUCAGCCUGCACAUCUCUGUCAUGGACUAUGACUUGGUAGGUCAUAACGAGAUCAUCGGUGUGAUGAGGCUUGGAUGCCAUGCCGAGGGACUUGGCAGGGACCAUUGGAACGAAAUGCUUGCUUAUCCACGCAAGCCCAUUGCACACUGGCACCCUCUUCUGGAGUCCAAGAAGUCUGAGAAGGAGUGGAAGGCGAGGGCAGCCAGCUUUGACAGCCAAGGCUCCUGCCCCUCACCCAGGCCCCCUGCUAGUCCCUGAGCAGAGCCACCUGUGACCCAGCAGCCCAGAAGGGGGUUUCCUCCCUCCUGCUGAUCCACUUCCUGUCUGUCUGAUUGAGGACAAAACACAACCCCACUGUCUCCACCUAUCUCUCUCUCCUUCUCUCACUCUCUCUCUCUCUCUCCCUUCCUCAAGUCUAGUCCCAGAGCACUCCCAAGAACUGAUCUAGGACCACUGUCAAGUCAGAUAGUUGUGUGAAGCACAAUCUUUUCGGGUUUAAGGGUUUGAAAUGUGGGUGUUGUGAUGACCCAGAGCUCGUUGGCUGGAUAUCCGUCCUGCAGACAUUUAAUAUCGAGCUGUGCGAGCUGAGGAGAACGAAUCUUGGUGUCUUCACAUGGAGACUUUCCAGACGCUGAAGAUUCAGCUUUGUGCUGCGGAGACUCUUUGAUAGAAAAAGUCAGAUAUCGGAUAUUGCUCCACGAGAGCAACAAAGGUUUCACAGCGGAGGAAACGUCUGAGGUAGAAAGAGACAAACUGGAUCUGAAGCAAUUUCGAAACUCGGCUCUUUUCUCAUUCUCACAGUGCUGCAUAGCAUAAAAAGGAAAAUGUAGCAUUUUGGCACUAUUAGAUGUAAAACCGCUCCAUUCAUCGUUAUGGUUUGUGAAUAGCAAAACUGAAAUGAAUUUCAAAGCUCCUGCUGAGUUCUUCCAGUUUCAUAACAUACGCAAUUAUCUGAUCCGCAGUUUGUUGAGGAGGGAUUAGAUUCGGCUGAAACUAAAAUAUUCUCAAUUUGGCGAUUUGGAGAUUUAGUGUGAUUUUAGCGAUGAGAAGAAGUGUUAUGUCAUUGAGAAGAAGGAAUAACAAGAUUAUUGGUAUCCCCUUUCACGAGAGGAAAAUGUCUGCAGUGUUAUUACUGAUUUCAAUGUUUUCAAUAUAAAGAGUGGAAGGUUUAAAUACAUGACAAAGGCACACGUAGAUUAAAGAACACUAAAACAGAAACAAGAUUUUUGUCAAUGGAGGUUUCUGUAAACGGGGAACUUGUGAGCACACUUUACACACCUUUACCUCCUUCUCUGUUUGAUGUUUACUCUUGAGCGAUCUCACCAUUUUCUUCCAAAUGAAAAACUCACACAAGCGCUCAUGUUUUCCUUCAGACUAACACUGUUCAAACGCACUUCUCUGUCUCCUAUUUGUUUUUCUGAACAGGUUUUUGGUGGAUGUGUAUAGUUUCAUGUACAGCCGUCUGCCGUUUACUGUAUGCUUCGUUAUGUUAAGCAGAAAACCAGAAAAGAUAUCAUUAAAAAGGUAAAGAUAAUUUGUUUUUUUAAAUACUGACAUUUUGAAUAUAUGUAGCUUUGUUGGUGGUGAUGAUUGAGAACAACCUAAAACUCUGAAAAAGAUGAACCUAUUUGUCUUUUGAACUUAGAAACAUGCAACUUUCUUGAUGUUUAUCCUGUCAUUAAUCAUACUGUUGUACAGGGUGGACGUGUGUUUUGAUUUGGACAUCCAGAUGCUUGAUCUGCAACAUGUGGUAAAUGGAUUUUUGAAGACAUUUGAAAAAAAUACUGCAUCCUUUAAUGGGUCCCUUCAUAUGAUUUGCUCUCUUUACAGUAACUUUAAUAAGUUUCAGUCGGAUAAAAGAUGCACCAACUGUUCCACAUUAACAUAUUUGUCCUCCAGUUAACCCGCUAGUAGUAGUUUUGUUUAGCUGUAAUUGGAAAACACAGAUACCAUCAAUACAACCGGGCAGGGAACGCUACGGAGCCAGUGUGAUAUCGGGCAGGGAAACAUUCACAGAUUAUAUUUGGUACGUCUUGUACAGAUCGUAUCUUUUCGAUAAGAGGAACACUUACUGAAUAGCAUCCAUAUUAUCUCAUGAGCAGCACACGGCAACUUAAAUCUGAAUCCAACAAUGUUCUUGGCCGUGACUUCGACUAGUCUAGACUUCUGGUGCCUCAUUCGGCAACACAGGACGAGCGAUACUACGGCUACAGUACAAUGAACACACUAUACAUCACAGAGUUUAUGAAAUGUGGGGCCAGACAUGAAGACGGGAGCAGAUGCAUUCAGCAGACCCAGCCAGAUCUGU